UAAACUCUAUUGUCGAUGGUAAUUGCACAAGUUCGUCUCUUUUUUACUUAGCCGAAAACGAAGAGGUUAUAAUUAUAAUUUAAUUUUGUAAGUUCUACUAAAAUUAUUUGAAGUAACAAGUUCAUCCCGACAGCAUAAUGGCACAAAGUAAACUUAACGAUAUGGCGGGUAAAUUCGCGAAAGGUGGACCGCCGGGACUCGGCAUCGGCAUGAAAUUGGUAGCCGUCGUUGGAGCAGCCGCCUACGGUAUUUCACAGUCCUUGUUUACUGUGGAGGGAGGUCAUCGUGCCAUCAUGUUCAACAGAAUAGGAGGUGUUCAACAGCAUGUAAUGACGGAAGGCCUGCAUUUCCGGAUUCCAUGGUUCCAGUACCCUAUCAUCUACGAUAUCAGAUCGCGCCCUCGCAAGAUCUCUUCUCCAACUGGUUCCAAAGAUUUACAAAUGGUUAACAUUUCUUUGCGUGUGUUGUCUCGACCUGAUGCCAAUAAUUUAGCUAUCAUGUAUAGACAGCUUGGCACAGAUUAUGAUGAGAAAGUACUGCCAUCGAUCUGUAACGAGGUUCUUAAGUCUGUAGUUGCGAAAUUUAAUGCUUCUCAGCUCAUUACACAGCGUCAACAAGUUUCAUUGUUAAUUAGGAGAGAGUUAGUGGAGAGAGCUGCGGAUUUUAAUAUUAUAUUGGACGAUGUGUCCUUGACUGAAUUAAGCUUUGGAAAGGAAUACACAGCUGCGGUAGAAGCGAAGCAAGUAGCUCAACAAGAAGCUCAGCGUGCUGCUUUUGUAGUGGAAAGAGCCAAACAAGAGCGCCAACAAAAGAUUGUUCAAGCUGAGGGUGAGGCAGAGGCCGCUGAAAUGUUGGGUAAAGCCAUGGGAAUGAACCCUGGAUAUCUAAAACUACGUAAGAUCCGAGCUGCCCAAAGUAUUUCUAGAAUGAUUGCACAGUCUCAAAACAGAGUUUUCCUGCCUGGCAAUAGCUUGAUGAUCAACUUGCAAGAUCCCACCUUUGAUGACUUGUCAGAGAAACUUACCAAAAAGAAGUAACAUAUGGCUACGGUAGAGUGUGACGAGGGCUCGGAGCAGGCCACCACUCUGACCGAUGAUGAUGAGGCCGCUGUCAUAAUCAGUGGUGCUGCUUCUAUAGCCGUUUAGUGCAUUUGUGUUAGCAUUUCUCAAAAGUGUAAAGUCAAGUACUGUUGUCUUGUUAUAUUGUGGCCUGUUUAUGUUAUUAGUUGUAGAUUUAUAGUAUGUAUGAAAUCAUAUGUCAAUAAAGUUAAUUAAAAAUG